CUGUGUAGUCCCUAGCAGGGAUGAUUUGGUCAGCAUGGCCCUAAAAUUUGCAGCGAAUAUAUCGUUCACAUUUUUGGAGCAUAAAAAUUUCCUUGAUAGAUACCAAGCAGCCAAAAGAGCAGGUUUCAAAGCUGUGGAAUCAGGUUUUCCACCAGAUAUUCCUAUUGAGGAAUUAUCUAAUGCCAGAGAAAAUGCACAAAUAGAACAGAUUCUCAUGAAUGCUUUUGAUGGAGGUUCUCAAGGACUUGCAGCAGUACCUGGUAGAGAGGAAGAAUUUAAGCAAUGUUUAGAGUUAUCUAUCAAAUAUGCUGAAGCUGUUAAAUGUACAAGAUUGCAUGUAUUAGCUGGUGUGUUUCCUGAGGGUGUUACUAGCACAGAUAACAAGUCAGUGGUGCUAUGGGAGGAGACAUAUGUGAAGAAUAUGAAAUAUGCUGCUCAGAGGCUAGAAGAGAAUGGAAUCACCCUUUUAGUAGAGCCUAUCAGUACAAUACCAGGGUAUUUUUUAACUAAUUCACAACAAGCAAUCAAUUUGAUCAAGAAAGUAGAUCAUAGAAAUAUUAAACUUCUGUUGGAUUUGUUCCACCAUCAGCGUACAACUGGUAACAUAACACAGACUCUAAAUGAUUCCAUGCCUUAUAUAGGCCAUAUCCAAAUAAGCCAGGUGCCAUCACGAAAUGAACCAGAUUUAGAUGGCGAAAUCAACUAUCCUUUUGUAUUCUAUCACAUAGCUAAACUAGGAUACAAAGGCUGGAUAGGCUGUGAAUAUCAUCCAAGAGGUCAAACGGAAGACGGUUUAGGAUGGUUAGCGCCUUAUCUUGUUGAUCAAUAAGAUCUAAUCUUUCAGACUGCUGUCUAGGUAAGUUAGUGUCCUCAACAAAAUCUUUUUAGGAUUUAAGUUUUGCAUGACUAUCAGUUUUGCAAACUAUUUUUGUUUAUUUUUCCAGACUUGGCUGUAAUAUUUGCCUUUUGAAACUGCUAAAUUCAUAAUGAAUGGAAUAACUUGAAAGUUACCCAUUAAGGUCAGAAGGCUCACUGGAAAGAAAUCUCCAAGUUCUUACUUUAUGAUCUUUCACAUACUAUUCAGUAAUUCUGCUAUAGUGAUAUAAGUUACAAUUGGAUCUGUCAUUUUCUGAUGCAGCUAUGAAUCGUUUCAAACUUACUCUCUUAGGAUCUGUUAAUUACUUAUUCUCCCUCCUAACUGCUUCACAUGCUGUUAUAAAACAAUGUGGAGAAUUUUUUUUUUUAACUGGAUAAAAUUCUCUUGCUGAUAGGUUUGUCUAUCUUUACCACCUGUUUGCUAGACAAUGUCUUGUUGAUGUAGGGAUAAUUAACAUGCAAAUUACUUCUUGGGUUGAAACAGUCAAAUUAUUUAUAUGUGUUUCUUAAACUGUGGUUCAAAUUACUGAUAUGAUGUUAACAAUCUUUUAUCUUAUUGCUAACGAUAAAUUCAUUAUUAUUUAUUUUUCACAAGUUAAGGCGUCAGAUGUAUGUUUAAUCUUUUAUUGAGUUUUGAAAUAUUGUAAGAGAAAGAUAUCUUUAUAUUAUCAUGCAUUAAAAGUAGGAAUGGUUCCACAGGCUUUUAUAAUGAUCUUCUAAAUUUUAAAUAAGUCCGAAUGGCAAUAUUUUAUCGCACUCUAGACGCUAUGUUAGAAACUAGCAAAUGAAGCUCCCCCCCCCAUAUCUUUUUGGCCACUUACUCGUCCCACCCUCGCUAUUUAUAUUCCUCUGUUCUGAAUACGUGCUAUGAAUUCUUUUGUCUUGUUUUUGCCGAAUCGAAUUGGGAAGGUCAGUCUGUCCACAAUCGUUCUUUUUUACCUUUUCUUUUCUUUGCUUUUGUUGUUUUGUUUUUAUAUUAGUUUAGCAUGCAUAGGGUUUAGAUUUAAGGAGAAAUAAAAGUUCUCUGAACUGCCUAAAAAGAGGUCUGAUAUUCUGCUGGUAAGGUGCACAUCAACUGAUUUUAGUUGCCAAGGCUUCUGAACCUUCUGGGCAGAAAGCACGUGGACAGCGUAAUAAGCUCCACGUGAAAUAGUACAUCGGCUGAGGAAGUUUUGGAGAGGUUUUUCUUUCGGGGUUCCGAAUUACACAGUUCUUAUAGGCACUUAGUUCGCGAGGGUGCUAAUGGCAGGUGGGUUUUUUUUUUUUUAUCACUAUCAAUAAUGCAAAUAAGGGGGUCCGUUUUCGGUUCCGUUAUCAGGUGUUAGGUUUCCGUUUUCUAAGACACGUUUUCGGGUCUUAGGUACUAAGGUGUCUUAGUUUUCAGGUCUUCAUUUUCAGAUCUUAGUUUUCGGAUCUUUGUUUUUCGGGUCUUCGUUUUCGGGGUCUUUUUCUUAAAACUGGUGUUUGAUUGCAUACUUUAUCGCUAUUAGAAAGAUUAAAACCGGAACUGGAUAUUUCCGACGAGAAACCAUAACGUGAUUAUAAUGAAUGA